AUGGAUCUACAAUAUAAAUUAUUGCUAUAUCUGGAUACAAAGCGCGUAUUAACUGAAAUGGGUAAUAGCUGUGAAUCGUUCUUAGAUGAGUGUUUUGACAAAGCCACUAACAAAUUUCCACCGCUACGGUAUUUACUCGAAAUUGACGUCAUGGACUUGUUUAACGUUUUUCCCGACCUUGGGGAUUUUUUGAUACAAGAACCUUUGCAAUUUCAAUACAUUUGCAACAAGAUAUUAUUUGCAUGUAUAAAUUCUAUAGAUAGUGAAAAUAAAAAUAACUUACAGUUAAUGCAAGUGGCAACAAAUCUGAGACUCAAAUGCGUACCACAGUUUUUAUCUAAUGGGAAGCAACCAUACUAUGGAGGAAUUAUGCUCAAAAAAGGUUUACUUAUUGAUAUUUCUAAACCCAAUUCUUACGUUUUUCAUACAGUUUGGUCAUGCCCUGAAGCAUGUGAAGGUAAUGAAGUUAUUCUGCAAUUUAUUCCGAAAACACCACCGAAAUGUUAUGUCUGUCGAAGCGUUUUGUUUGAGAAUAGUGGCUUACGAAGAUGUGGAGAAAAAGUAACUGCUACUUUUACAUCGAAUGAUGAAUUUUUACCAAGGAAAUAUUUCAUUGUUGACGAUUUAAUAUCAAAGUUAAUCGUCGGAAAUAUGUAUAAUCUUUAUGUUGUAGUGUUAAAGAAUAAAAAAGAAGUCUGGUCAGUAGAGAAAAGCGUUAUUUUGCCUGCACCAAUAACUUAUCCAAUACCCGAAGAUAUUGGACAGCUGUUUGAAACUUGUGAGGGUGUCCCGUGGAAGUUUAUUUACUAUCUCGCAUCCACGAUAGGAGUUCGUGUGUGCCCAUUACAUUGUUUUAUGCACGUUAAAAUUAGUUUAUUGCUUAGUUUAGUCAGCCUGAAAGCAAAUUCUUUAUUAGGGUCAUCUAUAAUUCAUAUUUUAGUCACUGGUCAUGAAACUAAAUAUGUUUCAGAAAUAAUGAAUGUAGCUACAAAAUUUGCUAAUGCGUCAGUGUAUUUAGGUCCGCAUGCUAACGUUCAACUAUCAAUGAUAGGUGGAUCGGCUGGAAUUUGCAUUUUACCUUUGUCUCUUUAUAGAUCUAAUCAGAAACAAUUAGCUUUUAUUCUCAAAACUCUAGAAACCGAUAAAAUUACUAUAGAAAAUAGUGAAAUUCAAUUAAAGUGCGCUGUUUGGGCUUUAUCUAAUGAGUCUAACAAAAUACCUUUUAAUAAUAUGUCUAGUGUAUUCCAUAUUAUUUGCCGAGAUUAUGGUCAAGAUUAUGAUGACAUAGCAGAAUUUAUGCUUAAAGGUGCCCUAGAACAGCAAAAAAAGACUAAAGACGAAGAAACGGCUAUAAAUAAUCUUAUGAUCUAUAUUAAUUUGACUGCAGGAAUUAAUGUAAGUCUGGACAAGUCUGCUGAAAAACUUUUAAAGAGUUAUUUUCUAUCGGCGAGAAAGGAAAGUUCUAAAGUAGCAACAAUUGGAAGCCUAGGAGCUUUGGUAACAGUUUCUUUGACUUCGGCCAGACUUUGUCGUAGAACUGUGACAACAAUCGAUGAUGCUUUAUUUUCUAUAUGGUUGCAUGUAUGUGGAAGUCCUCAACCUAGAUUUGCACCCGAAGAAUACCUUCAAACACCACCAUGUAUCUAUGAGUUAGAGCAAAAUAUGACUAAAUUUAAAUACUGGUUAGAACAAUUUACAGGAAUUAAUUUUACCGAAUCUAAAUGA